AUGGCCUAUUAUUUUGGGAUGAAACCUGUGAUCGAGGAAUGUGAAGAUGUCAUUGUUAGACAGGCAAAUACAUUGGACAGAGUGAAAUUAUUUCAAAUUGCAUGCGCUGUUGCCGAGCAUGAUCGCUACUCUCCCACCAUGACAUUACUUAUCGAUAAGCUUUCCGCUAUGAAACGAGAAGAGCUAUCGAAAUUGCGUUUCUCGCAGGUGCCAGGCGAUGUUGUAGCUGAUGUGUUCGCCGCAAAAAUGAAACGACGAGAGAUGAAACGGAAAAAGUGGUGCUGCUUAUUGUGA